AUGAAUAUAGCGCGUAUGCAUACAGGCAGGCAGACAUGGCUAAGUGACGAGGCGUUGGCUGAUGAGGAUGAGGACGAGCAUGGCAUGGCAUUGCUGGGGCUGGAGAGAGAUAGAGACAUGGAGAAGGAAAAGAAAAGUGGUAUGAAAAAGUGGCUGGAUUUAGGUCCCGUUCAAGAGCACUCAGCAGCCAACGUCAUUGCGUAUCCACCCGCCCUCAAUGGAUGUCCCGAGGCCCCGAAACCUGACCCCGUUGAUGCAGAGACGAGACCAGCUCACUAA